UUCCAUUAUGCGUUGGAGUCGUUUCAUGGACCUACGGAUGUGAUUCUCCUGAAUAUCCGACGGUUUUUGUCAAAAUAUCAGCUUACUUUGAUUGGAUCUACGAGAGUACGGGAUACUGGAUCUAAUUAUAACUGAAGGCGAUAAUCAUAUCUGCCUGGCAUCGUUGACUGAAGAUUGUACUGGUGCAUGGUUGAUAAUAUUUGAAUUGUCGAAUCAUUCGCCAUGCUCAAAUUGAUUGGACUACGACUUACCAGUAGCAUCAUCGAUAGCGCGAAAGUACGACCAUGAGCUUCAACGAACUUUAAAUUCAAAUACGCAGUUGAUCAAUCGAUGCGAUCGAUGUCUGAUCGCGACUAGGAAGCGCUAAAAUCAUUGCCAAGUCCGUACAUAUCUGGAUCAAAUAUUUAUCUCUCUUUUGAAAUCCUGAUCGCAACAGAAUUUUUUUCGCCAUAAAUUCUCUCAAGGAAAAAACUGCAACACGUGCGACUUGUGAAGCUGAACCGGUGACACCGGUGAAUUAUUUGAUCGAUCUGUUAUUGAUCAAUUCAUCUGCCGGUCCUUGGUUAACCUAUACAUGGCAAUUAGAUUCUCGUAAAAGCCGUUUAUCGUCAAUGGUAAAUUUGUAAUCAGGCUAUUGAAAUGGCUACCGACGAACAAGUACUCAGCCUUCCAGACACCCAGAAUGCGGAUAUCUUGACUCAGACGCAAUCUCAAUCUCAGUCGCAGGAAACUCAUUCACAAAAUAGGAUCUGGGGAAAGCUCUAUCCUAAUUGUAAUGGAUUUAACAAAGUUGAGUUAGUUCAAAAUGAGUAUACCUUUGGCCGUUCUGAGAGGUGUGACAUAGUCCCUACUAAAGACCUGACCGAUCGGCGACUUAGCGUCAUAAGCAAGCAGCAUUUUCGAAUUAUCAAAGAGGUCUUAAGUAAUAAUUUAGAUGAAUUUGUCAUCUAUCUUGAGGAUACUAGCCACAACGGUACAUUUCUUAAUAGGGUUUAUAUUGGGCAAGGCAAAAGAGUUGUUCUUGAGAACAAUGAUACUAUUUCUCUCGCAAAGUCCGAUUUUUCAGUUUAUACGUUUAUCAGCACCAGAGCUGCUGAAGGCAGUGGCUUACCAAUGGAACUGAAGUGCAAGUAUGCAGUUUCUAGAACCUUGGGAUCGGGAGUUUGUGGCGAAGUUAAAAUGCUCUUCACAAAGAUGGGGUGCAAAAAGUUUGCUUUAAAAACUAUCGCAAAAAGUAAAUUUCUUACUCCAGAAAAGGGUCAAGCAUUUAAUGAUCCCGGAAAAAUUUUAAACGAAGUCCACAUCCUCAAGGCUUUGAGGCAUCCAUGUAUAAUAAGAAUGGAGGAAAUUCUGGACACUCCCUCCUGUGUCUACAUCGUUCUAGAACUGAUGGAAGGGGGAGAAUUAUUUGAUAGGAUCCAAAAAUACCAUGGGUUACCUGAAAAUAUUGCAAAAUUAAUAUUCUAUCAAGUAGUCCUUGCAGUGCAUUACUUACAUGAAAGAGGGAUAGCCCAUAGAGAUUUGAAGCCAGAAAAUAUUCUAUUGGCAAGCCAAGCCCAGAUGACACUGGUUAAAGUAUCAGACUUUGGAUUAUCUAAGCUGGUGGACACCCAAACUAUGAUGCGAACUUUUUGCGGAACUCCAAUGUAUGUGGCACCUGAAGUGUUGUUAACGCAUGGCAAGGGAUGUUACACGAACCAGGUAGAUGUCUGGAGCUUGGGAGUGAUCCUCUAUUGUUGCCUUAGUGGAUUAGUCCCAUUUUCUGUAAACAAUAAAGAAAUUCCUCUGCAGCAUCAAAUAAUCCAAGGAAGGUAUUACUUUCCUACAGCUAAAUUUGGCUCUGUGUCACAUCGCGCUAUUGAUCUGAUCCGACGCAUGAUGACUGUUGAUCCCAAAAAGCGAAUUACAAUCAGUAAAGUUUUGCUGCAUAACUGGCUACUUGACAGAGAGAUGAGGUCAAUUGUUGGCAAAUUAAUGAGUGAUGAAACUAAUUGCGAUGAAAAUGCUAUGCCACUAACAUUACCUUCAACCUCAAGUUCAAACACAAUGGCAUGCAAUAGGAAACAAAUGUAUCCCCCAACUUCUGCAUUCAAAAGGGCUCGUGUAGAGUGAUUGGGUUCCGUAUCUAUUAUUUCUUAUUACAUAGUGUUCUCAAAUCAUUGAUUGCCUUUAGAAGUAGAAUAAUCAUUGCAUCAUAAUGCCAAUGACAAUCCAGUGAUACAUUAACUCCAGUGAAACAGGGUAAUAAUCUGUGAUCUCAAAAGUUAUUAAGAAGGUGAUUAUAGAACACAGGUAAAAGUGCACCACCGGAAGAUGGUUGACAAGAUAGUAGACGUGUUCUAUCAUUCUCAAAACAGGAUUCACAUUCCAGUUGUUUUAAGUAUAUAUUUAGUUGUUUAGUUUUUUAAGUGUUGUUUUUUGAAAGCUACCUCGGUUAAUGAAUCCCUGCAAACGAAAGACGACGAACUGCAAACUGAAGUUGCUUGUUGAUUUCCCUACUGGUCUUUGAAAUGUUUGAUAGUAUCAUAAAUCAUGGACUAAGAGGUGGUUCAGAUUCCGAAUACAAAUUAAAGGUAAGCAUUCUGAUAACGUGAGUAGUAGUAGUUAUGGGCUUUAUACCUACAGUACAAAGACUGAUGGACUUAUAAUGAUAAAGUUGGCGCGACAUAAUCGCGUUAAAGAAAAAAUUACCUGACAUUAUUACUUAUCUAUAGGUAUCGUAAGACAACAAACUUUUGUAAAGCAAAAAGUGCAUAUAUCUGUUAAUUUGAGUUAUGUUAUUUUGUUUCGAAUUAGUAUCCAUGACAUAAUAAAAGAAGAAAUAUUAAGA